AUCGAUCAUGCGCGUAUACGGUGAGUGCAGUGCAACAUUAAAUUGAUGCCUCCCCACUUUGAAGGUGCAUUGCAUAAUACAGAAAGCAUCGAUGCCUCCCCACUAUCAUUGAUGCCUCCCCACUUUCACUGAAUCUUGCAUUACAAAUCAACGUUUUGUUCGGCCCAUUAAUCAGAAGCAUCCCCUUCGUGUAGUAGCUGAGGUGAGUGCAAAAUUAAAUUGGCGCGUGGCCGUAAAUGGCCGGGGGUGGUUAAUUGGCUCUGCCAUAGUGCCAUAUAUAAAACUGACACGACCAACGAGGCUAGGUCAACGAAACGCCCAUGGCUGCAAGAGGUGCCGAUGAACAAGAAACAAGGCUUGGUGGAAAGAGAGCCGUUCGCUUUGUAUAUGGAAUGGAGGGACUUGAAAACAUAGCAUACGCCUCAAGCGCGAAUAGCCUGGUAGCAUACUUCUCCGGGUACAUGAACUUCAGCAUUACAAGAUCAGCCACAACGCUUACAAAUUUCAUAGGCACGUCGUUGAUGCUUUCUCUGUUUGGGGGAUUUGUUUCCGACACCUACUUGUCCAGAUUCAACACUUGCGUCCUGUUUGGAUGCAUUGAAUUGUUGGACCUACGCUCGAUGAGGAUGAUUGGACUAGGCACUAAGCGGGAUGGCUUGUACUACUUCACCAAAACGAAUCAUGCUUGUUGUCAGGGCUACGCCCUCCUAACAAUACAGGCACACUUCCCCCAACUGAGACCCAUUCCCUGCAAAGAUGUUGCACCAAGCAAAAUGAACGAGUGCCAUUCUGCAGGCAGUGGACAAGUUGCAUUUCUCUUCACCAGUCUCUAUUUGGUUGCAUUUGGGGGCAGUGGGGUUAAAGCAGCUUUGCCACCGUUGGGAGCUGACCAAUUCAACGAUGACGACCCGAAAGAGAGAGCCCUUCUCUCAAGCUACUUCAACUGGCUCUGGUUCAGCCUCAUUGUUGGGUCCUUAAUUGGAGUAAUUUUUAUUCCCUGGCUAAGCAGCAACAAGGGAUGGGAUUGGGCAUUCGCAGCAUCCACCAUUGCUGUCUUGUUUGCCAUCAUCUUCCUGUGCGUUGGCAAAUCUCUCUAUCGGCACAGUGUCCCCCAUGGAAGCUCCAUCCUUAAUAUUCUACAGGUAUUUGUUGUUGCCAUACGGAACCGAAACCUCCCAGUACCAGAGAAUGCUGAUGAAUUACAUGAGAUUCGUGACAACGAGGCUAGGAUGAAAACUGAAACUCUUCACAGAACUGAUCAGCUGAGGUUCUUGGAUAGGGCUGCAAUAAUUAGGAACAAUACCCAAAGCGCAUCAACAGUCGUUACUCCCGGGCCCUGGAACCUGUGUACAGUCACACAAGUUGAAGAAACAAAAAUCCUAAUCCGCAUGAUCCCAAUCCUACUAAGCACCGUCUUCAUGAAUACAUGUGCGUCUCAGAUCCAGAUUUUCUUCAUCCAACAAAGCUCCACCAUGGACACACAUAUUAUGGGUCUUCGAGUACCUAAUGCCUCACUUCCAGCAAUCACCCUGCUGUUCAUGUUCAUCUUGGUCCCCAUAUAUGACCAAAUUUUCAUCCCACUGGUUCGAAAGUUAACUGGGAUUCCUACUGGAAUCCGGCAUCUCCAGCGGGUUGGAAUUGGAUUAUUGCUCUCAACUAUUUCCAUGGCCAUAGCCGGAGUAGUAGAAACUCGUCGAAAGUCUGUUGCAGUUCAGCAUAACAUGGUUGACUCAAAAGAUCCUUUACCCAUGAGCAUGUUUUGGCUUAGCUUCCAAUAUGUAUUCUUGGGAGCAGCUGAUGUGUUCACGCUGGUGGGAUUACUAGAGUUCUUUUAUGCAGAGAGUUCAUCUGGCAUGAAAUCAUUGAGCACAGCCAUCUCAUGGUGUUCCAUAGCAUUUGGGUACUUCACGAGCACGGUGGUGGUGGAGGUGGUGAACAAGACCAGUGGUGGGUGGUUGGCCAGCAACAAUUUGAACAAAGAUAAGUUGAACUACUACUAUUGGUCAUUAUCAUUGUUGAGUGUGCUAAAUUUUGUGUUCUAUUUGGUGUGUGCAUCUUGGUAUAGAUCUAAGAAGGUGGAGACGUAACUGGAAGUGAAAUAGUAGUGGGGAGGGGAUUAGAGGGAAGGUCAGAAUGGAAGGAGCUUGGUGAAUAGAACCUGGAAUUUUCUUUCCAAAGAUUGUCUAGCUUCCUGUACUAUUCCUAAGAUUGUCUAGUUUCCUGAAAUGUUUGUAUUUUUUCUUUUUUCGUUAAUGCUGUUUUUCAUUGCUGGGCAGCUUCAUUUGCUGUAGCUGCUGUUCAUGGUGUUGGGAAAAACUAUAAUAUAUAUACGAACAAAUUCCCGCAAGGAAA